AGAUAAAGUCACUAUAGAAGUAAUGACGUCAUAAUUAACACAACGUCAUGUCCAUGGUAAAAUCAUAAAACUGGCUUGUCGCCAUCGAUUGAAUUUGCUAGGCCUGUAAAAUGGUUAAAUCUGUGACACAUAUAACUACUCUUUAAAAGAUAACGAAACAAAAAUGUCCGUGCCCGCGCCACUGACUUCCGGCAAACAUGAUCCCGCCGCAACGGAUUUGGAUUAUUAUGCUAAGCCAGAAAAUUACACAGGUUCGAAUCUCCAGUCGCUCCAAAAAUUCAAGUCUGACAAAACAAAGGAAGAAAAGGCGAAAAAGCGAAAGGAGAAGAAAAAGGUGAUUAAAGACGCCAAAUACUGCUUUUUCCGCCAGUACCGUCACAUUCUGAAGAACGUCAUAUUUAUAGACGAACUCGUGGACAGAGAGCAAGACGAAGACUCCGAGGAAGAAGACGACGAUGAUGAGGCGAUUGAUCAGGAAGUGGCUAAUGCCGGCGCAAAGGCCGGGGAGCAUCUCGCGCCAAUCAGCGAAGAGAAACAUGGCGAUGAUAAAAACCGACGCUCCUCGCCCGAAUCCGACGGCAGAAAGACUCCCGGAAGUGCGAAGCGCGACUACCGGACUCCCAGUCCCGGCGAGAAGCAGGCGGCCGCAUCACAGAGGCUUCAGGGGUCCAAAGUUGCCAAGGAACUCAGAAAUAAACAGCUACGGGACAAGUUCAUCAUGUAUAUCAAGGGUAUACGGGCAAUAUGUCGGCUGUCAGCGACCUUAAGAAAGCAGCAGCCGACGAGCGGCAUGUCGGGGAUGAAGACGUUCAUCGACAUGGCCAGCGAGACGCCUUCCACCGAGCAGAGCAUGAAGAACGCCGGCCUCUCGUUUGACCCCAGCAUCUUUAAGGCCAAGAAAGAGAUAUCGUUGAGCACCGAGACAAAAAGCAUCCUGACUACGGAUCCGGCGGAACGGACACCGGAGCAAGUGCAGACGGCGAUGUUCGGACUUCAAUGCCUGCGUUCGUACGCCGAAUACCCGCUGCACAUGCAGGAGAAGCUUGCCAAGGUGGCCUGGUAUGAGGUGGUUGCACCGAAGAGAAUCAUUAUUCGUCAGGGACACAUCGCGGAAAACUUCUACUUCGUUCUGUCUGGUCACGCUGUGGUGACGAUCCUGCUGAAGGACGCGAAGACAGGCGCCUCCUUCGUGAAGACAGCCACAGUGAUGAAGCAGGGCAUGAGCUUCGGGGAGUUGGCAUUGCUGCACCACUCGAAGCGCACCGCCACUGUGACGACACAAGACACAGUUCAGCUGCUGUCUAUUGGGCGCGACGACUUCUUUGACAUCUUCAUGUCCGGUGACGGAAACGACGAAAUGCCGCAGCACAUCCGCUUUAUAAGUAACCUUGACUUUAUGAAGGACUGGCCGAUACAUGAGUUGGUGGAACAUCCCGAACAUUGUCUUCUUCACUUCUACAAGCGAAAUAUGACCAUUGUCGCCAACAGCAAUGACUCGGACUGGCUGUAUAUCGUCAAGUCGGGUUCUUGUGUCGUAAUGAAGAAGCUGAAAGGCGUCAUCCCGAACGCCAAUGCAAAGCCAAAGGUGGCUUAUGACGAAUUCCUUCCCGCCAAUAUGAAGGCCAUUGUCUAUGCUCCUAAGGUUGACUCCGGUCUUCGUCGCAAAAAGCGGAGAACUACUGAAAAGGACAAGUCGAGCGGACCGCCUCGGCCCGAGAAGUUCUCCAAAGGAGCCUACAGUAAACAUCCGCACACCAAGUCGGCACAUUUUGCGCCGGCAAAGAGCAGUUUCGCAAAGCGGAAGCGCUACGAGCCACCUCGCAGGUGCAUCCCGAAGAAACCGGAAGUGCCAGAGACGAAGCCUGUGCCUGUGACCAAACCCGGACCGGUGUUCGUGCAGGUGACCCUUAUGAAACCGCGUGACGUCUUUGGGCUGGAUACCGUCACGUUUGAAGACGGUUUACAACGGUCUACCACGGUAGUCAGCCUGGUGAGUCGAGGCGCGGAAUGCAUCAUGUUGUCGAAAGAGUUCUUCGUGAAGCAUGCGAACGAGGCGGUGAAGAAACGGAUACGAGAGGAUGUGCGCGCAUACCCGGAAGAGGAAGUGUUUCAGGAUAAUUUGCAGAUCAAAGAGGACUGGACGCUCUACAAGAAAGUGCUCCUCGGUGACGUCACCAGUCAGAUUGCGGAGAACAAGAAGCUUGACCAGGCGACAAAUCAUUGCACAAAAUAAAUUUUCGUUUGUUUUAUGUACAUUACUUGUUUAUUUUGUUGUUAUUUUUCGUCCAUUCUUUGCAUUUUUCUAAUUCAAAUUAUGUGUUUAUUAAUCGUGAAACUCACUUUUUAAGCAUUGUGAUUAAUAGAUAUAAUAAUAAAAAUAAAGAUAAUAAAAAGUCA